GCGGAUGCAGUCGUGAUGCCAUCCCGCACGGAGGGCUUUGGGCUGGUGGCCCUGGAGGCCAUAUCAGCUGGUGUGCCUCUGCUGGUCUCCAGUGAAUGUGGGAUUACCGAAGCCCUCCAAACUGUGGAUGGUGGAAUGGCUGUCAUCAUCCCCUCAGCUUUACCAGAGGAAUGGGCAAGCAGAAUCCAAGAGCUAUCAAAACAAACAUCAGAUGAUCGAGAGACGUGCCUCUGCUGUACAUCUGCGAGAGAAUUAUCGGAAGAAGUACAACUGGAAGGAAGAAAGUGGAAAGUUUGAGAAGAUGAUUCUCCAAUUGGCUCUCAAUCCCAUUCCUAAGGAGACAGAAAUCACAGAGAAAGCUGUAUGCUGUUUAAAUGAAACAAUGGAAACCCACAAGGAGACUUUGACAGUUUUGACAGCAACAGAUGAUGUUCCACACAGCAGCUUAGAAGUUGGAAAAACAGAAAGAAAUGACCAGAGAGAGUCUGCACCAGGCUUUUCUGUCGACUCCAAAGACGCAACAGGCAGAACGUCCCUAAGGAAUGCUUCUCUAAAUGGCAGCGUCCAAGCGAUGAAGGGUCUAAUUAAGAGAGGAGCAGAUCCGUCCCUGGUGGACAACAGAGGAUGGAAUGCGUUACAUUUUGCCGCAACUGGUGGAGACACUGAUGUCAUUGAUCUUAUCCUUACUCACUUGCCGGACAUUGAGUCCGAAACAGCCCCAGGUUACACGCCACUAAUGGUGGCGGCUUUGAAUGGCAAAUUACACGCAGUGAAAUGGUUUGUUGGGAAGGGGGCAAAUGUAACCUGUGUUGAUAACAAUAGAUGGAAUAUGUUACAUUUUGCCGCACAUGGUGGAGACACUGAUUUCAUUAAUCCUAUCCUUACUCACUUGCCGGACAUUGAGUCCAAAACAGCCCAGGGUUACACGCCACUAAUGGUGGCGGCUUUGAAUGGCAAAUUACAUGCAGUGAAAUGGUUUGUUGAGAAGGGGGCAAAUGUAACCUGUGUCGAUAACAAAUAG